AUGGGCCGACGGGGCUUUUGUGUAAGGGCGGGAGGCGCGCCAUUCAUUGGCCCCGCUUUGCGGCCCAUCGGGCCCUUGUCUUUGUUCGCCGAAACGAAACGUCGAAGGGCUUCGGGGCAGGCGGCUCGUCCCCCCACAAAACAAUCUUCGCCUCCAGGCUGCGAGACGUUUUUGCCGAGGCCCUUCCUACCGUUUUCCGAGAAGAAAAGGGGACUUGUGAAUGGCGAGGCGGAAGCAGGGGACGGAGGACGAGGAGGAAUCGAAUGGCACAUCGUUUUGCGGGCCUACGGUAGAGGAAUGGAUGGGAAAUGGGGGAAGCGCGGCGAAGAAUAG